AUGGCGACUCCAAGAAGUGUGCAGCGAUUGCAACAAACGCUUUCGCACGUUCAGCCUCCUAGUAGUCCACAGCUGUCUAUUGUCGCGGGUCCGACAGAGCCACAGCUGCUGGAUAUCACUUUGGGCGAACUUUUGACACUCCAAGCACUGCAAUAUGGAGGAAUUGAGUGUUUAGUCUUCCCUUGGACAGGUGCGCGAUGGACAUAUGGUCAACUCAAAGAUGAGACCGAUCGUCUAGCCCUAGGAAUGCUGGCCUCGGGUAUUCUGAAAGGCGAUCGUGUCGGCAUCAUGGCGGGCAACUGUGAGCAAUACAUCUCCGUUUUCUUUGCGGCUGCCCGGGUCGGAGCUAUCCUGGUUGUUUUGAACAACACGUACACCCCCUCGGAGCUGUAUUACGCUCUGAAUCAUAGUGAAUGCCGAAUGCUUUUCAUGACCCCGCGCAUUGGACGCCAUAAUCUCGAAGAAGUCUUAUCCGAACUUGGCCCUAAUCCCAAAAAGGCUGCCACUUCGGAAUCGUUGGAGGAAAUUAUUAUUCUUCGCGGAAGCUACAAUAACUUCAGCAAUUACCAAGAUGUCGUGCACCGCGGGUUGUCGCAGGAUGCGCAUUUGCUCCAGGACCGCGAAUCUGAAUUGCGAUCUGAUGAUGUGUGUAAUCUGCAAUUUACCAGUGGCUCAACCGGAAACCCUAAGGCUGCAAUGUUGACGCACCACAACUUGGUAAAUAACUCUCGAUUCAUCGGCGAUCGUAUGAACCUUACAUCUUUCGAUAUUUUGUGCUGUCCGCCACCCCUGUUCCACUGCUUUGGGCUGGUCCUGGGCAUGCUGGCGGUGGUCACUCACGGCGCCAAGAUUGUUUUCCCCGGCGAAAUAUUCGACCCCAAGGCUGUUCUGCAUGCAAUCUCCGAUGAAAAAUGCACCGCUCUGCACGGUGUUCCCACCAUGUUUGAGGCAAUUCUUAGUGUCCCCAAGCCUGCUAACUUUGACACCUCAAAUUUGCGCACUGGAAUUAUUGCGGGAGCCCCAGUUCCGCGUCCACUUAUGAAGCGGCUCUUCGCAGAACUGAACAUGACAGAAUACACUAGUAGCUACGGUCUAACUGAAGCCUCGCCGACGUGCUUCAAUGCUUUCACCACCGACAGCAUCCACACCCGACUUACGACCGUCGGGAAAGUCAUGCCGCACGCCCGUGCGAAAAUUAUCGACGCCGAUGGAAACAUUGUUCCCGUAGGCCAGCGUGGUGAGCUUUGUAUGGCUGGCUAUCAACUCACAAAGGGGUACUGGCACAACCCAGAAAAAACUGCCGAAACAUUCAUAACCGAUGCUGAGGGUGUCAAAUGGCUCAAGACUGGCGACGAAGCCUCUUUUAACGCAGAAGGGUACUGCACCAUUACUGGUCGGUUCAAGGAUAUCAUUAUUCGCGGCGGCGAGAAUAUCUACCCGCUUGAGAUCGAAGAAAGAUUGUCCGCGCAUCCCUCGAUUGAGUUGGCAUCCGUAAUUGGUAUCCCGGAUACCAAAUACGGCGAGGUAGUUGGAGCAUUCAUCGCGGUCGCUUCGGGCGCCACACGUCCGACUGACGAUGAGCUUCGGACGUGGACCCGUGAGACUCUUGGUCGACACAAAGCCCCGCAGCAUGUGUUCGUAUUUGGCGAAGAAGGGGCUUCCAGCACGGUUCCUGUGACGGGGAGCGGCAAAGUCCGAAAGGUGGAGCUGCGCGAUAUGGCAACUGCAGUGUUAGCUCAACGCCAGUAA